UAUACAGAAGUCAACAUGGCAAAUCGAUCUGAUACAAUUUAACAUGAAAUCCAGGAAACAAGCACGACAAUCAAACUGGGUGUUUGGGUUGGCAUAACCAAAGUAAUGCGAAGCUACACCUUUCACUUAGAUCAAUGGAUCAAUAACUUUUUUGAAGGACACGUUCUGUUUUGUAAAUUGGAUAUUUUAUAAUUUCAGCUGGCAAGAGAGACUAGGUCAAAUUGGGAUGUCUGGUUGGCAUGGACAGUUGGAUCAAAAGGGUUUAUUUCCGUGCUGUGCGACUCUAUGACUGCAGUUCUAGACAUUAAAGCAAAACACGACAUACAAAGGCUUGUAUUGAUGAAAACCUUGAAAUGGUGAAGUUUCUUGUGGAGCAUAGUGCAGAUACUAAUCAGCCAGAUAAUGAGGGCUGGACUCCACUGCAUGCUGUGGCAUCCUGUGGAUAUAUCAAUAUAGCUGAGUAUUUAAUAAAUAAUGGAGCUAAUGUUGCUGCUGUUAACAGUGAAGGAGAAAUCCCAUCAGAUAUUGCAGAGGAAUCAGCAAUGAAAGAUCUUUUACAAGAUGAAGUCAAUAAGCAAGGAAUUGAUGUUGAGGCUGCAAGAAAAGAGGAGGAACACAGAAUGCUUCAGGAUGCCCGACAGUGGCUGAACAGUGGCAGAAUCGAAGAUAUAAUAAACACCAAAUCAGGUGGCACAGCUCUCCAUGUGGCUGCUGCAAAAGGCUACUUGGAGGUCUUAAAGCUGCUGAUACAGGCUGGAUAUGACGUAAAUGUCAAGGACAAUGAUGGGUGGACUCCACUGCAUGCUGCUGCCCAUUGGUGCAAAGAAGAAGCCUGUAGAAUCCUUGUGGAGAAUUUUUCUGAUAUGGAGGCUGUAAAUAAAGUGGGUCAGACUCCUUUUGAUUUAGCAGAUGAAAGUAUUAUUGAGCUUUUAGAGGAACUCCAGAAGAAACAGAAUAUUCUUCGUACUGAGAAACGAGCCGUGAAAUCAACACUCAUUGAAUCAACUGUAAAUUGCAAAGUCCAGACCAAGCACUUGAGUGAAGAUACUAUCUUUUCUGAAGAUAAAGAAACAAAGUAUAAAUUGUCUGAGCGAGAAAAAAUCAAUGAAGAAAGUAAGAAAGAUGAAUCCAGUACUUCCAGUUCUGAAGAGGAGGAUGAUGCCUCUGAUUCCGAGUCGGACGUAGAUACAGAGAAGUCAAAGCCAUCUAUCAAAAAUAAUAUAAAUAGCAAACUGAACAGCAGAAGCUUGCAGCAUGCUCCAACCACAGGGCAGUCCACCAGAUUCACAGCUACCACUACAACAAGAAAGAUUGUUAGCCCUUUUCUCAAAUCUCCUGCCAAAGAUGAAGAAGGUAAAGAUGAGUCUCCAGCUUCUUGGAGAUUGGGGUUAAGGAAGACUGGAAGCCAUGAUGCACUGAGUGAAAUUAGUAGCUCCCAAGCACUGAAAGAGAAGGACUCCCUUGGGAUUAUCCGAUCUGCUUCAAGUCCACGUCUUUCAACCAUAUUUGAUAACCGGGUAAAGGAUAAAGAUAAUAAAACCAGGCUUGUUUAUGUUGCACCAACAAUUCCUAACAGAAGACUACACAGCUCAUCUGACAUUGAGGAAAAGGAAAAUAGGGAAUCAGCAGCUAGCCUUGUACGAAGUGGUUCGUAUACAAGACGACAGUGGAAGGAUGACUUCAGAGAUAUGAAUCACAUGGGAAAUGAAAGCAGCAUGUCUGUAAAUGCAUCGACCACAAACACAGUGCCUUUAUAUCAGCGAAGGUCCUAUCUCACUCCUGUUCGAGAUGAAGAAGCAGAAUCACAGCGAAAAGCUCGAUCCAGGCAGGCCAGACAAACCAGGAGAUCAACACAGGGUGUAACACUAACAGACCUGCAGGAAGCUGAAAAGACCUUCAGUCGAUCUCGAGCUGAGAGACGAGCUCGGGAACAACAGGAGAGGGACGAGAAGGAGAAGCAAGAUGUGGAGAAGCAAGAUGAGAAAGAAAAGCCUUUGACAACACAAGAUACAGAAGAGUACAAGCAUAAAUCAAGUAGAAACCAAGAGGAAGAAUCUGGGGAUCGGCAGUCACGAUAUACAUCACAGCCAGAUAGUCAACUUGGACCUCUCUCAUCGCCUUCCACAUCAGGCAGCUUCCAGUAUUCAGGAAUCCAACCAGACAGAGUGAAUGGAGUUAUAGAUCAAACAUCUUACAGCUCACACUCAAAGAUUUUUCCCAAGGAAAUGGAGAACAAUGGUGCUUCUGGAAAAGCUGUUGAAGGUGACAAAGAUGUUAAUGAUAGGCAACUGUCAAUAAGAGAAAGACGAAGGCCAAGGGAGAAGAGACGGUCUACUGGAGUAUCGUACUGGACUCAAGAUGGUGAUGAAAAUGAUGGAAAAGAAGAGGAGAAAGGCAUCUGGCAUGAUCGAAUCAGCAGGUUGGAUUCAGGAUCAUCAAAUUCCUCAUCAGUUGACAGUUUCAGUGACCGUUUAUUGAGUCGAACCAGUUCGUACACGCGCAGGGAGAAUCGAUUGUCAUCCCUUAGUAAAGUAGAACAGGAAGACAGUGUAAAGGAUUACAAGAAGUUAUAUGAAGAGGCCUUGACUGAAAAUGAGAAACUUAAAGCCAAACUGCAGGAGGCACAGCUGGAGCUCUCUGAAGUAAAAACACAGCUGGAGAAAGCUACACAGAAACAAGACCGGAUUUCUGAUAAGUCUUCAAUGCUGGAAAUGGAAAAAAGGGAAAAACGUGCUUUGGAAAGGAAGGUUUCUGAAAUGGAGGAAGAGCUAAAGGUUUUAACAGAGCUGAAAUCAGAUAACCAAAGGCUGAAAGACGAGAAUGGAGCACUAAUCCGAGUCAUUAGUAAACUGUCAAAAUGAAUGUGGUCUUUCUGAGCAACAGGCAAAGGAAGUAAAAUCACCUGAAAGAGCCUGCUUGCUCUGUGAGAGAACCAUCGAAGUAAAGAAGUAGUUUCGUCACAAAUGGGAGAGCUUCUAUUUAUAUCUUACCUGUUCAUGGCUUUCUCCCUGCAUAUGUUGUCUAUGAAUUUUCCUCAAAUUAUGAUCUUAUACACCAACAAUGAGGCCAUUGUUCACGUGUUCGAACAGCCUUGUUUACAGGAAAUGUUAGGGUGAAAAUACUGAAUUCUUUUUAAAAAUCCCAGGUUUUGUUUCUUGAGGGGAUGCUUGUAGCUUUUCACAAUUGAGCUACAAUUUGAAGGCUUUGAAGAGUGGCUUUAAGAAAUGCCUUCCACUAUGACAUCUGCUCAGUCAUAUUAAUGGCGCACUUCACUUUGGUUGUGUGUUGGAAAGGAUCCAUCUUUGAUUAUGCAGUAUUCGCUUCUUUGCACAGUAAUUAAAAUCACUGCACAACAUGGCUUAUUUCUUUUUAAAAAUAAAAUCCAUCAGCUAGACUGUAUGGUACAGAAAGUAUUAAAUAAAGUGCAAUAUGCUGUUUUAUUAUUUUAAUGUGAUAUUCAUUAAAUUCACUGCCUUUAUUUCACUUUAUUUCUGUCUUCAUUAUUAACAGUGAAGUUUGAUUUCUUUUUGCAAUUUUUGUGACUUGGUUUAUUGACCAAGCUUUAAUAUAGCCUGAAAACUUUAGUUGUGCCUCUGUAUCUGUGUGAUUUUGUUUUCUCUCUGUCAGCAGUUGCUGCCUGCACCUUGCAUCUAAGCACUAAGUUCAAAACAAAAAGCUGAUUCAGAUUAGACUUGUGUAUCAAGGCUGGUUCAAACAUAUAUUUUAAUAUACAGUUGCUGGUUUUGCAUUUUGCUCUUGAGACUUUUUUUUUUGCUUUCCCCUAUUUUAAACAAAACUACUUCUGAGUCAUGUUUGUUCUUUUUUUCAUGUGAUCUUGACUUCUUUCACCAAUAAGGGGCAUUACAACUUUAAUGUAGACUCAAAGAUGUAUUUUCUAUCUUGAUGUUUUCAAUGCAUGACAAGUAAUAUAUUAUAUCCUUGUACACCACUACUACAGGAAUUUAAAACAAAAUAGUACUUUUCUGUCGCAAACACUCCCCAUUCAUACAAGAAAGUUCAGGGAAGGAAUCCAUCCAAAGAUGCAUUGUAUAGUCCUUAAUAAUCUAAUGGAAUUCACGGCAAAUGUAGUAAUUUGAAUUGUGUAUUCCAUAGUUAAAAUGUCUCUAUAGACAAUUAUAAUAUGGUACUGAAAUCAAAGUGUGUAUAUUUAUAUAGUGUGUAUGUAUAUAUAAUAUAUUUAUAUAUAAAUGUGAGUGUGUGUGUGUGUAUGUAUAUUUUCAGUGGUACAAAAAAGGCCAUUGGUUUUGCGUUUUUGUUUACUUUAGUGAAGCCUGCAGCUUACUGAAAAUGCGUUGGCUGGUUUUUAUUAUAAGAAAUAAUCCUGUGCAAAUUCAGGCUUGCAGUAAUGUUGCUGCUGGAUUUAAAAAAAACAAAGGAAUUAAUUAUUGAGUCCUUUAUACAGAAUGAAGAUUAUGUACAAACGAAAUCUCCACAGGAGAGUUCAGACUGCUGGGAAUUUACAUUAUGCAACUGUUGGUGGCCUUUUUAAAAAUUAUGAAUAUGCUAUUAGACAUAAUUUAGUGUUAUAAUUUGAACAUUUUCAUACCAUACUGGGAAAUGUAUGCUUUAGUUAAAGGUUGUAAACAUAUCUGUAUUUUUGGUUAUGUAGACCACUAAGUUCAGGUUUGAAAUGGCGUAGUACCACUAUUGCAUGUAAAUGAAAAGGACUAAACAAGUUGUCACCUUUGCAAUUGCUUCUACUGAAUGUGAGUCUUUACUGCUCUGAAUUCGGUAUAUUCUUGUGGCACUUUUGGUUCCAGUGUUUGAGGAACUGUAUUUCAGAUGAGUGCAGGUUCUGAUGUGUCACAAAGGAGUUUUGUGCACAUACAAGGUCAUAACUCUUUGGAAUUGCCAUUUAAAUUUAUAGUUGUCUAAAGAAAAAUAAUCUUUAGGCUUCAAGAAUGUACAAAGACUUGCUUUGGUCCAGUUAAAUGUACUUGAGAAUUAAUUGUACCACCAAGUGUAUUAGCAGUGAAUUCACCUUCUGGUAACAUGUUUUCAGGUCAAGGUUAAUGCAGUUUGUAAAAUGGUAAUAUCGGACAUUUUAACAAUAAAGCAAGCUUAUAUUUAAGAAAUAAAAGUAUUUUUUAUCAUUUACAAGUGACAGUAUGCAAUUUACAAUUUGGCUUGCUGUUACAAGUAAAAUGACUGAUGCAAUUUGAAUUAAAGGGAAGUGCCCGUGGUCAGAUUAGAUGUAGGGGUAUGUAGCAUUUCAGCGUUAGCUGGAGAAUGGGUUUGCUGUAGUGGACUGGUUGAUAAUGGAUGGGUUGAUAUGUAGCUGGCUGACUAAAUGAUUCAAUUAAUCAGAUUGAGGGGGGUCAAAACUAAAAUUAAGUAUUGGUAUAAGGCCCUUAGAGCAGUUAGAUUAGGGUAUUUGUGGAGGAAAUGCACAUAUAAAAUAUUUCUUUUAAAAGGCCUUUUAUUUUCUCAUCCUUUCUCAGUAGUUGUUAAUACACUGCAAACUAUUCUGGAGUCACUGCUAAUGACCUGUAGCACGACUGCUGGGAUGUUCUAAAACUACUUGAAUAACUCCCAGUGAUUUCUAUCUCUCUCUCAGUUAUUCAAUUUUCAAGCAGUUUCUCCAUAAGCUGUGUAAAAAGAAUCUGCAGCAAUGAUUCUCUGUAAAUGUUUAAUUAAAAAUAAUGGUGUUUGAGUAAAAGGCAGUGUAUUUAGCUAAUUACAUCCGUUUUGCCUCUUGUGAACUACUUAAAAUUAAUUCACAGGAUGUAUACAUCACUGGCUAGGCCAGCAUUUAUUGUCUGUCUGCAACUGCCCCUGAGAAGCUGUUCUAGAUUUUGAGCCACUGUCAAUGACACAGCAGUGAUGUAGUUUGUGUGGUUUAGAGGGGAAAUUGCAACUGGUGAUGUUUCCAUAUUCUGGCAGCACUUGACCUUUUAGGUGAAAGAGGUUUUGGAAAGGACUGUACAACAGAGUCUUCAAGAGUCGUUUAAAGUGCAUUUUGUGAGUGAUACACAUUUCUGCCAUUGGUUUGGUACUGUGGGAGAAUAAAUGUUGUAGCUAUUGGAUAGAGUGCCAGUGCUGCUUCAUCGUUGAGUGGCAUUGGAGAGCAGGCAAGAGGAGUAGACACAGUCCGACUUGUGCGUUUUAGAUGGUAGACAGGCAUUAGGGAAUUGUUUGGUGAGUUGCUCAGCAGAGUUCCUAGCCCCAUCCUGCUCUUGUUGCCACAAUAUUUAUAUGACAGUUUACCUUAGCCCAAAUCUGAACGUUGUCUCAGUCCUGCUACAUACGUACUCUGCUUGAGUAUCUGAGGAGUCACAAAUAAUUCUGAACAUUGUGCAACCAUCAGCAAACAUCCCAUCUUUGACAUAAUGAAAAGAAAGUCCUUGAAGCAGCUGAUGAUAGCUGGGCCAAAGACACUACUCUAAGGAACUCUUGCAGUAUUGUCCUUGGACUAAGGCGCUCGAUCUCCGACACCACAACCAUAUUCCCUUGUGUUAGGAAUUACUCCAACCCGUGAGAAUUUUCCACUGAUUCCUAUUGAUUCCAGUUUUGUACGGGCUCCUUGAUGCUGUAUUUGCCCAAAUUCUGCCUUGGAUGUUGGGUAGGACCCUUUCUUCCUCUGCUGUGUUCAACUGUCUUUUGUCCAUAUUUGGACCGAGGUUGCAUGAGUUCAGGAGCUGAGUGGGCUCAGUGUGACCCAAGCUGAGCGUCACUUAGCUGGUUCUGUUGAGUGAAUGCCAUUUGCUUUCAGUGUCCACAUCCAUAACUUUGGUGAUCAAGAUUAACUUGGUAGAAUGAUAAUUGAUUUAGAUUUGUUGUGCUUUUCGUGCACAUGACAUACCUGGGCAGUUCUCCACAUUCCUAGGUGUAAGUCAAUGUUGUAACUGUAUUGAAUUAUCUUGGCAAGGUGCGUAGCUAAUUUUGGACACAAAGUUUCAGUAUUAUUAGCAGAAUGUUUUCAGAACCUAUAGCCUUCAUAGAAUCCACUGCCUUCAGUCAUUUCUUGAUAUCCUGACGCAUGCGCACACAAAGCCACACACGCACAUACGUUGCAUUGCACCCAGCUUGGUAAGAAAAGAUGAGUUGCCUAUUUAUAUUAAUGUGUAUAUAUCUAGACUUAACUGUCACAAGGGAUUAAGUUUGAACAGAAAUAAAAACAAGUUUUGACCUCUGGCAACUGACAGUAUAAAUGACAUGUAAAUAAAUGUUUGAGAGCAGAUGUGUGGAUGACUGACUUGAUGGCCUGGACACAUACAGCCAAAAUAUGGCUUCAAAUUGUAAUUUCCAUACUUUGUGGAUUCCAAGAUGUUCGGGUUUGGAUCUGCAAGAUUCUAAAUAACAUUCAUGUCAGUGCAGUUUCCAGUAGAUCAACAUUGAGUCUUACUGAAAAAUAUUAAUAAAUGGAGCUAUGAAUGCCUUUUAGGAGAGCCUCAUUCUUAGACGCUGUCAAAAAUGUCACUACUGAUAAUGGUAAUAUUGCAUUUUAGAUAGUUGCAAUAGUUAAGAUUUCUAAUAUCUGUCAUAGGGUGCCGGGCAUUAUUGUUCAUCCUUAGUUGCGCUUGAAAAUGUUCUUUACAGCUACCUCCUUGAGUGGCUUACUUGCCAGCUUAAGAUUCAGUCACAUUGCUCAGCAGGUCCAGGAGCAUCCAUGAAGAAAAAAGUCAGAGUUAACGUUUCAGGUCCAGUGAUCCUUCGUCAGAACAUUACUGUAGGCCAGGAGCCGCUUAUAAGACCAUCAUUAGCCAGCACGUUUUCUUCCCUAAACAACAUUAGUAAAUGAUUGGAUUUUUAGUACCAGUCUGAUACUUUCAGCAAUGGUAAUCAUUCAACUAAUCUUUUUAUUACAGAUAUACUUAAGUGUUCUUCAGUUCCCCAGCUGAAAUGAUGAAAUUUGUACUGCUGUCUAGUUGCCCUACAAGAACUCUAUGCCAGUUGACCAUUACUGGCAGAAAACUGUGUUGGUUUUGUUCAGGAAUGGAAGCAAUUUUAAAUUACAAUUGAAUCAUACAAACUCAAAACAUGCUGUGUUCCUUCUGGCAUUGUACCAAGGCCCAUUACCAGAUUGGGAAGUGAACUUUUUGUCUCUCCCAUCUGGCAUAUGGCAACUACCUACAUUAAUGGUACUGUCUAACCCAGAGGCGUUAUAUUUUAAGUUGAGAAUCACUGCUAUACAAAAUAAAAUUGAAAUAUGUCGAUUCCUAGUUCGAAAUUUGCUAAUAAACCUAUUGCUGGGAUGGAUAGAGUUGUCAUUCUGUUGUUUCUUGGCAAGCAUAUCACACUGUAAGGAGCAUAGUCCAUGUUUAAAGAAUUUUUGAAGGUUUUUGGAAUUGGCAGUAUCCAGUUUUUGCUUUGAUUAUCAAUGAUGGUAAUGUUGGAGUGACUAUUGUCAAAAAAUAUUUUUCUGAUUCAUUUGUUAAAGAUCUGGGCUUAUCCCUUGAAAACAUAAAGUUGUUAGGAUGCCAAGAAGACUGCAGGCAAAUUUGUGGUUUGUGUUAGUGUUAUAUUUAUUGAAACGUAUUGAAAGUGAGUUUGCACUAAAGCCCGGAAUUAGUAAGCAGUGCAACUGUCUAUAUUUCAAUUUCAAGAGAAGGGAUGUGGUAUUUAUAUUUUAUUUUAAACAAAUACUUUGAGCCCACAAAGCAUUUAUAUACAUGGGAGAUAAUUUCCCUCCACACGCCACAUAUUAUAAUAAAGUAUGCCGAACUGAAUUUUGCACUAAACUGAUUAAUCUUUGAUCAGUUAAUGGCUUGAUUGAUAUUGGGUUUUCAAUUGGAGAUUUAAAGGAGAAAAAGAAUGUUGGAAGUUGGAAAUAGAAAUGCUUUGCUGAAAUUAUAUAGAUUGUCAAUCAACAUCUGAAAAUGGAAAACUGUGCUUAGAAGUUUCUCUUAUCAGAAACCUGGUAGAUGUUCGAUUUAGACCCAAGUGUUGACGGCUCACAUUACGCCAGUCGCACAACAUAAUACAAAUCUUUCACCGUACAGCCCACAUUUGUUAGGUGAAAGAAUUUACCCUGAUCUUUGUGCUGUCAAAAUCAGCAUAUCUAUAGGACACAGCCAAUUCAUAAUGAACGUUAAUUGCAAGUCUGUAUAAUUUGGUGUAAAAGUCUAGUUUUACCAUUACUUGCAAAUCUAGAAUGUUCUUUUAAACCAUUGGCAAACACUUUAUGGCCAUUUUGCAAGCAAGUAAAUUGUUUUACUUUUGUUGGCAUUUUAGCAUUCUUUCAAUAUAUGUGUGGUGAAAACACUUUGAAGCUCAUCUUUGGACAUUGGUGCACUGCAGGCUGUUAAGUGUGGUUGAUGUGUGUAUGUUUUAAAGAAAUAAUUCUGUGUGGAAUUUACUUUGGCUGUUCGGACAUUAUGAAGUUUAUUUAUUGAUCUGUGCAUUGAGAUUUCAUCUGCUUACAGAGCUGUUCACGUCUUGAAACUGCAUGAAACUGGCUUCAAUAAAGUGUCAGAAAUGUAUUUUGUCAAAUAUAAAUAAACAAAUUUUAAGUA